UUGCCAACCGCCAUUAAAAGAGCCGAAGAAGAAAUUUAGGAGACUGAGUUGUACAUAAACGCAGCAUAUAGACUCGGAAAGGAGCAAUAAUGCAGCGAGACAAGACAAGUAACGCUGGAGGGGCUGAAAAGCCCGACCGGGAGGCCGCCAUAAUGUCGAAAUACUACGAUGGAGUUGAAUUUCCUUUCUGUGACGAGUUCUCCAAAUAUGAGAAAUUGGCCAAAAUAGGACAGGGGACCUUUGGGGAGGUGUUUAAAGCAAAACACAGACACACAGGGAAGAAGGUCGCACUGAAGAAAGUUUUGAUGGAAAAUGAGAAAGAAGGGUUCCCAAUCACAGCUUUGAGAGAGAUCAAGAUCCUACAGCUGCUCAAACAUGAGAACGUGGUUAAUCUAAUUGAGAUCUGCAGAACCAAAGCUACUCAGUACAACAGAUAUAAAGGCAGCAUCUACCUGGUGUUUGACUUCUGUGAGCAUGACCUGGCUGGGCUGCUUAGUAAUGCCAAUGUGAAGUUCACCUUGGCAGAAAUCAAGAAGGUUAUGCAAAUGCUGCUUAAUGGACUGUAUUACAUCCACAGAAAUAAGAUCCUUCACAGAGACAUGAAGGCGGCCAAUGUGCUCAUCACAAGAGACGGUGUCCUAAAGCUAGCUGACUUUGGUUUAGCUCGAGCCUUCAGCCUGGCUAAAAACAGCCAGGGGAACCGCUACACCAACCGUGUGGUCACACUAUGGUACAGACCUCCAGAGCUGCUGCUAGGUGAACGAGACUACGGUCCUCCUAUUGACCUGUGGGGAGCAGGCUGCAUCAUGGCAGAGAUGUGGACCAGAAGUCCAAUCAUGCAGGGCAACACAGAACAGCACCAGCUCACUCUUAUCAGCCAGCUUUGUGGCUCCAUCACUGCUGAGGUGUGGCCUGGUGUGGAUAAGAAAUAUGAGCUGUACCAGAAGAUGGAGCUGCCUAAAGGCCAGAAGAGAAAAGUGAAAGAUCGUCUUAAAGCCUAUGUCAAAGACCCCUAUGCUCUGGACCUGAUUGACAAGCUCCUGGUCCUUGACCCAGCACAGCGCACAGACAGUGACGAUGCACUCAACCAUGAUUUCUUCUGGUCCGACCCCAUGCCAUCAGACCUGAAGAACAUGCUCUCCACUCACAACACCUCCAUGUUUGAAUACCUGGCCCCUCCCAGACGGAGAGGCCACAUGCCUCAGCAGCAGCCCAAUCAAAACAGAAACCCUGCCACCACCAGUCAAACCGAGUUUGAUCGAGUUUUUUAAUGGAUUAAAAAGGUUUGUGGAUAAGUAGUUUGUCUGGACAGACUUUGUAUGUUACACAAAUAACUGUUUUCCAUCUGGUUUCAUCUGGUUUCAUGCUACACAUGGUCAUGGUGUUCUGACUUGACACUUUUUGUCCAGAAAGUAAAGAGCCAGAUAUUUAACUGUAAAUAUGGAAUGGGUUUGUUCACCUUGGUUAAACAAGGCACCUGUCAGUUUAAGUUUUGAUAGUAUGGUUUGUGACUUUGUGUUAGUUUUUGCAUUUUUUUUAACACUUGUUUUUGUAUGAACAAUACUAUUUACUGUUUCUGCAGUGUUUUAAUGUCUUUACUUUAAAGGGGUAUAAAACCUAUUUAAAUCCUUCUGCAAGGGCUCCAUUUACAUUUCUGAACACACGGCCAAAGUGACAUACAUGAAAUAAAGAAUUUUCCCUGAACUUGCA